GGGUAGAUUAAAUUGAAAUACGAAGCGCAAGUAUGCAACGUCGUGAAGAUAAGUAAACUUCUCCAAUGCUGCUUUCGGAAUUAUAACUGUCGACAAACAUCACCGAGCAGCACAGAUCGCUUCCAACAACGUUUUUGUCUUCAAACGUGUAUGCAAAAGCCUGCGUGGCAUGCAGGUGGAGCAGUUUUACGGUUGCUACCUGCUCUACUGCACCAAUCCCAAGUACAAGGGGCACACUUACAUUGGAUUCACGGUGGACCCAAAUCGACGUAUUAAGCAGCACAAUAAGGGAUUCAAAGCCGGAGGAGCGUGGCGCACCAGCCGUAAAGGACCAUGGGACAUGGCAUUGAUUGUACACGGUUUCCCAAAUGAGAUAUCUGCCCUGCGAUUUGAAUGGGCUUGGCAGCACCCAGACCGAUCUCGCCGCCUCAGCCACGUUGGAAAGAAGCUUCGUACAGAAAGCCGUUUCGCAUAUGCAUUCAGGGUGGUCUCUCAUAUGCUAAGGGCCGUCCCAUGGGUCAGACUGCCACUUACAAUACAAUGGCUCAUGGAAGACUAUCAGCUUGACUUUAAGCCCGACUUGAGACCACCACUUCACAUGGCCAUCGCAUACGGACCUGUCAAGGCUGUUCGUGCUCCCGCCACACGUGACUCUCUUGACAGUGCCCUCGCAACACUGGCAUGCGCCGUGUGCGGUGGGCCACUGGAGCGGAAGAGAAGCCUAGCCGAGUGCCCGUACCCCGAAUGUAUCGCCGUUUCCCAUCUCUGCUGCCUCGCUCGGCUUUUCCUCAAAAGCGAGCCCAAUCAGACCAUACCAGUGGGUGGCAAUUGCCCAGACUGCUGCAACUGGUUGCUCUGGGGUGACGUGGUGCGGCACAACAGGUGCAACUACGUGAAUUCGACAGCUGCCCACGUUGCACAAAGUGGUGGACGUUGAUUUGACUCUGGUGGCAGACUGAAUUGGUGACUCGGUUUCCUCGUUUAAGCGUGAUGUAUGUCACCCUCACCAGUACUGAAUGUAGUAACGAGAUUCUCUGUGACACUGCUGACAUUCUGCGUACAGUGUACUCAAAUGACACCAAAUCACGUCGUGCUUCAUCUACGGACUGAAUCGGCAGUUUUGUUUGCUGUCUAAAUUCAUCUGUUAGUGCUUUCAUUUUGUGAUCUGUUUUACAAUGAAUGCAGUUGAGUAUCCUUAGAGACAUGGUUUUAGCCAACAGUUAAGUGACCAAUUGUUUGGUUGUUUCAGUGCUAUUAUUUUUAUUUUGUGCAUGCGUAUCUCAGAACCGGGAUUUUUGAGAGAAACAAUUUUUAAUGGACUGUGGAAAUUACAGGUUAUGGUUUAGUAUACAUGCACUGCAUACAUAAUCGUUCUUAUGCAUUUACGUAGGUCACAAAUAUAGCGCUUUUCUGCAGAAUGACUUU